AUGACACAAAAAUCAAGUAAAUCCUCUUCCAGUAAAAGUUCAUCAUCAUCAUCAUCAACUAGUACUCCGACCUAUCUCGUCAUGUUAUGUGGAUUUCCUGGAUCAGGAAAAUCCACCUUUGCCACUACCUGUGAAAAACAUGGUUUUGUUCGAAUUAAUCAAGACACUUUAGGUGAUGCUGCAGAAUGUAAAAAAUUAAUGGAAAAAUCAUUCAAACAUCACAAAUCAGUAAUAUUGGAUCGAUGCAACAUUCAUCCCAAAGAUCGAAAAAUGUGGAUUACAGAAGCUAAAAAGUCAGGUGUCAAACAUAUUGAUCUAGUAUGGUUCACAACCUCACCCGAACAAUGUAAAACAAAUAUUCGAGAACGAAAGAAUCAUCCCACGUUGCCACCAGAAAAUGCAGAUAAGGUUGUUGAUGAAUUUUCAAAAGGUUUUAAACCACCUCAAAAGUUUGAAGGACCUUAUGAAAAUUUGUUUGAAGUGAAUUCUGAAAAAGAAGGUCAAGAACUUGCAAAAAAACUUGCCACUCAAUACUUGUCGUCCUCCAAUAAAUAA